CUCUUAAGAGGUAAAAAUGGAAAAAAUAAAAAGGAGAAGAAGAAGAUCCACCGAUUGAAGUUUACCGUAAAUUGGAAAAAUGGCUUACUCCAAUCGAUCUGUUGUUGCUUUCCGUUUUUCAAAAGCUUUGUUUGAACAAUGCCAUGGCGCUGCCGCUGCCGCUGCUGCUGUUCCUCCCUUCUCCCCCGCUCCCGCCGUUUCUAUUUCUUAUAAGGUUGAUACAAGCGAGGAAAGGGACGUGACAGGAGCAAAAGCGGAAGAGCUGAUAGCAGAGAUGGUCAAAGAUGGAAAGGUGAGAAGUACAGUGGAGGUGGCUUAUGAUGCAACGAAAGGGACGGCGGAGAAGGUGAAGGACACCGUAAUUGCAGAGGCAAACGAAAAUGUAGUGGACACUACUGAGUACAGAAGCAUGGAGAAUAUGGAUGAUCAGAAGCAAUAGUUCUAUGGCUUUUUAGCUUCCAACUGUUUGGCAAAUAUGAAAAAAGGGGAUGAAGUUUCUCCAUCGUCUUCUUAAAUUAAAACCUCUCAAUGUUAAGGGGUAAUAUGAAUUUGGUUUGCCUAUAAUUUUAUUGAUUAUAUAUAAUAAUAAUUUUUUUUGGUUGUGGAUGGGAUACAAUUUUGAGGAUGAUCCUAUUGCUUCUUAUAAUAUAUACAUAUAUAUAUGGGUUAUUGUGUUUGUGAGUCUA